GUACCUUACAACAAAAAUUAAAUCAAAGAUGGACUAUAUGAGAAUCUUUAGUGUUUUUGUAGUAACGUUAUGGAUCAUAAGGGUUGAUGCUAGGGUUUUGGGAGGACGAGGAAUCGAAAAAUUUGUUACUUUCGGUCAGAAUUAUGUUGUUAAGUGGGGACAAAGUCAUGUUUCUACACUCCACUCUGGCGAAGAAGUUGAUCUCUACAUCGAUCAAUCUUCAGGUGGUGGCUUCGAAUCCAAGGACAGCUACGGAUCAGGUCUCUUUGAAAUGAGAAUCAAAGUGCCUGGAGGAAAUACUGGCGGCAUCGUCACCGCGUUUUACUUGACGUCGAAAGGAGGUGGUCACGACGAGAUUGACUUCGAGUUUCUAGGGAACAACAAUGGAAAACCGGUAACGUUACAGACAAAUCUGUUUCUGAAUGGAGAAGGAAACAGAGAAGAGAGGUUUUUGCUUUGGUUCAAUCCAACCAAACACUACCACACUUAUGGGCUUCUUUGGAACCCUUACCAAAUUGUGUUUUACGUGGACAACAUCCCAAUAAGAGUAUACAAAAACGAAAACGGUGUAAGCUAUCCAUCAAGGCCUAUGCAAGUCGAGGCUAGUCUCUGGAACGGUGACGAUUGGGCGACUGAUGGUGGUCGGACUAAGGUUAACUGGUCAUACUCUCCUUUCAUUGCCCAUUUCCGAGACUUCGCCUUAUCCGGUUGCAACAUAGAUGGUCGGAGUAAUAAUGUGGGCGCUUGUGAAUCCUCCAACUACUGGUGGAAUGCAGGCAAGUAUCAAAGAUUAAGCGGAAACGAACAGAAACUUUAUGAGCAUGUGAGGAGCAAGUACAUGAACUAUGACUAUUGUACUGACCGGUCUAAGUACCAAACUCCUCCUAGAGAAUGUUAUUGAAAUAACAUAACGUUAAUUAAUGAUCAUAUAUGUACAGGGGAUCUUUAAAUCUCCCUUUCAUAAAAAACAAGAAUUGCUUACGAGUUAAGAUGGAGAGAGGUAAGUUAUAUAAGUUGUUCAUAUCACAGACGAGGAUAAAAGUGUGUAUGCUCAAAAUAUUAUAUGAUAGUUUGCAGAA